AUGUACCGAGGGGCCGCGGUGAACCUGACGCUCGUCACGCCGGAGAAAGCCAUCAAGCUCGCCGCCAACGACUUCUUCCAACACCACCUGGCCAAGGAUGGGAAGAAGCUGACGCUGCUGAAGGAGAUGUUGGCCGGUUGUGGCGCGGGCACGUGCCAGGUCAUCGUCACAACCCCCAUGGAGAUGCUGAAGAUCCAGCUGCAGGACGCCGGACGCAUCGCGGCCCAGAAGAAACUUCUGGCGGCCCAGGCUCCGACGGCGACGGCGGCGGUGGAGACGAGGCCCACGGCCACGCAGCUGACCCGGGAGCUGCUCCGGAGUCGGGGCGUCGCGGGGCUCUACAAGGGCCUGGGGGCCACGCUGCUGAGGGACGUGCCCUUCUCCAUCGUUUAUUUCCCCCUGUUUGCCAACUUGAACCAACUGGGCCAGUCCGGCCCCGAGGGCAAAUCCCCCUUCUACGUGUCCUUCCUGUCGGGCUGUGUGGCCGGGAGCGCAGCCGCCGUGGCCGUGAACCCCUGCGAUGUGGUGAAGACCCGCUUGCAGUCCCUGCAGAGAGGUGUGAACGAAGACACAUACUCAGGCAUCUUGGACUGUGCCAGAUGA